AUGGCAUAUACAAUAGCACUGAUAUGUACUUUGUGCACGGCCGCCGCUACGGCGCAAGACACAACUGUAGAAAGCAAUGAGUUUGCGACAUUGGGUCACAGAGGACCGUACGCCGACAUGGGAGUUAAAGGGGCAUUUGCAUAUAUGAGUUACAAGGGUGGAGCAUACGAUAGUGAUGGUUUCGACGAGAUAGGAUAUAAUGCGUUCGGGUUUGACAGAUUUAUGGUCGACAAGCAAGGAAGACAUGCAAGCGAUCCUUUAUCAGGAUUAGAUCAGCCAGAAUUCCAAUUUUUGGAUCCUGAAGAUGUUACAGGUAUGGAUGUACAGGAAGAUGCCAGUGCAAGGUAA